UGACAGCAAUGUGGACCAUCCGGAAUUCUGCACCUUCACUGGACUCAAGAACUGGGAGCUAGACAUCCUCAACUCCAGCUGGUUGGAGCUGGUGGGUGAAGACAACAGUCGACGUGCUGAGACAGCUACAAGAUUGGUCCUGUGGUUGUUCGACAACAUCCCCAACAUGCAACAACGCUUGUCCAACAAGAUCCCCAUAUCAUCCCACCGUUCUCUGCUCGUACGAGACAAGAUGUUCCUGUCCCACUCCUUCAAGUUGAUCGGUGGCCUGGAGAGGCUGGUCCAUGCUUCACUCGACCCCGAGCAGUUGGAGAGGGAGAUGAACUAUCUCAUCCACAUCCACACUGACAGUAAGCCGCCAAUCGGGGACCAAUACUUCAAGCACUUCCGGCGAGAAUUCCAUGUUUUCUUACAAGAGAGAUUUAAAGCCCAGGGCGAUGACGAGAGAAUCCGGAUCUGGCAGGUUUUGGUGAACAAGUUCUGUGACCUGAUUCAUGAGGGGGAGCAGCGCGUCUGCCAGAGGGGGCAGAAGAAGAGAGGAUGUUGUUGUGUACAGUGA